AAUCCGCUAAAUGUAGCGGAAUUUGCCAGCUGAUGUCGUUGUUUUGAUCGGAACUAAAGUCUAUCGAAUAAACGAAUAUCGGUGUGGCUACCAACACUGCAACAACAAUGGCAAGCGGCAACGGAACGCUGCAAGUGGAGCACUGGGGAAGCCUGCGACUAGAUGGCGAUGCCCAACUCACCUCCGACAAAUAUGUACCGACAACGGCCAAGAAGUCCAAGCUGGAGGAAAUACGCCAACAAGGGGAAAUUCAACCGGAGGAUACUCAUCACAUAGUAGAGCUGAAAAGCUCACUAGUCACACAAACCAUAGAGGUAAUGAAGCAAACAGAGAUGCUGCAGUCUCUUAUCGACACCUACUCCAAUAAAAAUGGUACAUCAAACUAUCUGCUAAAUCCUUGCCAAAUGAUACCUGAGGUGGACUUUCCGCCUGAAAAUGCGGCUGAUUUGGUUGGGGGUCAAAAAUUUCAGAAGCCCAUUUGGUUCAUACCCACUGUGGAUACAGCCUACUCACGUGGUGAACCACAGCCCUAUCCAGAAAUCUCGAGUCUGGUCUGCCGUCAGACCCUGCGAAAGGUUAUGUGCGGUAUGUUGCGUCUAGCCGGCUUCACCGACUGCUCCGAAUCGGCUAUUCAGCUCUUAACCGACGCCACCGAAGAAUUCCUACGAAGCUUUAUUGGAGAGUAUCGUGAGACUUACGAUAUCAAUCCGCGUCUGAAAAAAUCCACAAUGCUGCGUCUACUGCCACUAGAACAGGCGUACACUUCUGUAACAGGCACUUCGCUCACCCAGGUGCACAACUACUAUAAGCACAGAGUAAUGGCACGAAAUCGCGCGGAAAUUGCCGAAUUUAAUUGUGUUCUCCAGGAGUACGACAAGCUAAUGAAAGAAAGCCAGAGCAGCAUGAGUAUGCAAAAGCACAACGAAUUCAAUGGCAGCGAGUACCUCAAUAUGUUAGACAAUAGUACUGGCACGGGCAGUAGCCAAAGCAUGGGCCACAUUGUGGGCGAUAUAAUGCAGGAUCUAAGCGGUAAUGGCAAUGGACAAGUACAAGGACAGGGACAACAAGGGCAAAUGCUACGCAGCACUUCCUUGUAUGGCCUUCUGGAGAAUAGCCAGAGCAGCACCAACGCCACUACCUCCAAUAUGACUAAUACCAGCAGCAGUGGUGGUGCCACCACCAAUAGCUUUCAGCCCAACUUUGAGUCUUAAAACUAAAUAUAGAGUCUAUUUAACUAA